AACCAAGUGGUAUUGUAACAACAGAAGCUAGGGUUGUUACACCUGAACCAAGUGGUAUUGAAACAACUGAAGAGAGCGGUAUUGAAACAACUGAAAUCAUCACUUCUAAUCUAAAUAGAGAAUCGACAAUGGCUUCACUUGUAUUUGAUGGUUUGCCAACACUAAAUGAAAUUCUCGCACUUCCACGUCAGCCAUUUACAGAAACAAUCAAAAUCACCGAUACGUGUAGUGCCAGAAUUGUUUUUGAAGGUUGUUUUGUAUUCGUGAAUCCGAUUCCAGAAAAUUGCCUGGGUGUCGAUAUGAUUAUUAAACAGGUUUUUGGUAACUUUAAUGGUCUUGACUCUGCUCUGCAGAUUGGAUCAAUUGGAGAGAGUCCAACUCCGUUGUCAUCGCUCACGUUAAACCAAGUUGUUGUUGAUGUUUGUCAGGAGAAUAUUUCUCUCUCAGCAUCAGAUCUAACUGAUGAUGUCAUAACUAUUAUUCCGUCAUUUCUAAGCGUGACUGACUUGACAAUAGAUGCAUCUAUUAUCGUUCCCACUGAGGCAAUAUCAGUUUCGUUUAAUGCCGUGUGGUCAAUCGCCGGUGUAACAUUUAAUGUUGCCGCUACGGUUGCUAAUGCUAAUCAGUAUGAGAUAGUUGCAACUCCAACCACUCAAACUGUCUCGAUGGAUACUCUGUUGGGUGGUCUGUCAGAAGCCUUGGUUCCAGGUGACAGUUCCAGUGUUGCAAACUUGUUUGAUGAUUUGAACCUUGAUCGUAUUGUUAUAAGUAACCCACAGCUGAUCGUUAAAUCUCCUAAUUCCAGCAGCAUCGGGAUUCAGUUUACAUUUACAUCAGAUGUAUCAGGAUUGGGAACGCUUGACAUUAUGUUAAACUUCAAUCGUGUAAAGGGAGAUGAAGGGGACUUUGAAAAUACGUUAUCAAUGACCGUUCUCUUUAAAGACAUAAGACUUUCUGCAGUUGUUUUGCAUCUUUUAAGUCUUGAUAUUUCUAAAGUCCCUGUUAUCGGUAGCUUACACUUCCCCGAAAUGGCAGUAAUAGUGGCAUCAGAUAAUGUUACAUCACCGAUAGUUUCGUAUAACUCUGAAUCGGAGGUGUUAGCUUUGCUACCUUCCAUAUACAAGGGCAUAACUUUGCUUUUUACUGCAAGCGUUGGCGACGCUUUUAGCUCAAAUUUUAUGGUAAGACUAGCUCCGCCGAAUAAAACAAUUCAUUUUGAAGUGCUACCUGGUUCCGAGACUUCAGUCAAAGACCUUAUCUAUCUAUUUCUUGGAACUAUACAAGUUGAGCUUCCACCGAACUUUUUCCUGGUCGACUUUCUUGAUAAGUCACUAUCGGGUAUGAGUUACGAUGGGGAACUAAAUACUCUCACAAUUCCCGUUAUACUCCCCGAUCAAAUCACAAUCAUUGAAUAUGUGUUCGAAAUAGAAAACCCGGAAGUUGAAUUCAUUAUUGGUCUUGGGACGCCUAAAACUUUAAGCUUUGAUGUUAGGGGACGUUGGGUCAUAAAGGACUAUCCAGUUGAUUUGUCAAUAUCAAAACCCCCUGGUGCUAAUGAGUUUAUUGCCACGGCUUGUCCUGAGAAACCUAUAGAAGUAGGGAUAAUAAUGGCGAAACUCGCUGGACAGUUCCUUCCAAAUGGUCUGGAGGAUAAACUACGAAGUAUAGGUCUCACUACAUUUUCAAUUGAAGAGCCGUGUUUCGAGGUAAUUACUGGUAGUAACUUUGGAGCUAGAGUUUGGGGAAAUGCAGUUAUAGGAAGUUGGGACAACACUAAGGUUGAAGUACUUGGGGUUCAGGCUAGUGGGGCUAUACUGAUGGCUUUGGGGGUAGUCCUUGAGAGAGCCAAACUGAGUGAUGUUGUUGAUAAACUAUCAGGAAAUACUGUAAACUUCGUAGGUCAUCGUAUAUUUGAUGACAGUAUAAUUGGAUUUAUCACUUCUACACAUGAUAUUCCGAAUAUUGGCAGUGGUGAACGUAAAUUUACGAAACUCCCGAUGCUCAGUGAUACAACCAUAAUGAAAGGGAUAAGCCUGAUGGCGCAGCUUAAAAUUCCCGAAAACUGCUAUUCUGAUAAAUUCUGUGGUGUACUGAAGAAGUUCUUCGGAUCAGGCUUUGCAGCUGUUCUUAAAGGUCGACUUGCAAUUAACUUCCUUCAGCUUGAGGUGACAGUACCAAGUGAAAUAGAACUUAUUGAAGGCUUCACGUUAUCUGAUGUUGGUUUUAGAGUUAAAGCAAGAGCCCCUACAUUUGAAAUUGGACUCAUGGCUACUUUGGAGGUUGAGAACCCACCUCUUGUUUUUAUAGGCUCAAUAGGUGUGUCAACAACGGGCGGUGUGGUAGCAGAGCUGGCCGUGGCUGGAUGUUUGAAAAAUACAUUCCUAUUGUCCAUUGUUAGGUUAUGCGAUUUGCACAUACGACUGGGUGUUACUCCAGAGCCUACUUUAAUAUCAGAACUAGGCGUCGGGGCUAACGCAGAGAUCGGUGUGUUCAACAAUCCAAAAGCUCGUCCAUUCCGUGCCAUUGUGUAUAUUGGCUUAUAUAAGUAUGCCCCGACCCAAAAUUACUUUCUCGGCUCAAUAAGUUCCUUAACUAUUCCUGAUAUACUAGCAGCAUUCGGCUCUUUCCCCUCACUUCCAAAAGCUCUUGAUGAGAUUGGUUAUCCAGAGGGACUUAAUAUGUCAUAUGCAAUACAAUCGAGGACGCUCCCAAAUGGUGUUGUCAUCCCAAGUGGUCUACGUUUUCGUGGAAUCCUACAAAUUCUAGCUUUAAAGGUAUCAACUGUUAUGCGUAUAGACAUUAAUGGCAUUUUCAUAUCUGUAGUUGUCAAUAGGCUUGAAAUUGGUAGAGGUCUUAUUACGGUUGAAGGCACUGGUGGUAAAUCAGGUCCUGAACUCUUUGUGGAUGUCGGAUGGAAUCGUCCCCGUGCUAAGAUUGAUAUCAAUGGUAGAGUCUGUGUUCUUAAGAUAUGUGCGUCAAUAAACAUUACCAUAGACGCAAGGGGUAUUCAUUUUGAAAUUGAUGGCAACAUAUUGGGUCUAUUUGAAGCACAUCUAAGGUUGACAGGUAGUUACUCAACACUUGCAUCUUCUGAAUUUAUGGUCGAUGGCCAAUUCAAACAAACCUUUCUGGAUUUUCUGAAAAACAAAGUAACGGAUGCUCUUAGUAAGAUAAGUGGUUUGUCGACCAAAGCUGUAGAAGAGGCCCAAGAAGUUGUUGAUAAACUUGAUGAGAAAGUUGAAGAGGCUGCCAAUAAAUUACGUAGUAAAACAGAUGAGGUCGACCGUAUUCAGAACUUGUUGGAUGAUAAAGCGGAAAAGAUUGGCGAUCAAAAGCAGAAGGUUAAUGAUCUUGAGAGGAAAUAUCAAGCUGCUCUACAAUCAUGGCGGGAAAAAGUUGCUGCUUUCACAGCGCAAAAAGAAAAGUUAAGCAAAACCAGGGGGAAGAUCAGAGAUAUUGAGGAUAAUUGUCCAUCAGGAUGCAAACGAAGAAAAAGGCGAGGUAUUGGGUUUAGUGAUAUCAAACUCAAGAAAGAGGACGCGGCAGAGACACCCCAGGAUACAAAAUCAAAGCGGGAAGAUCCAGGUGCGACAGACAACUCACUCUUGGCAAAAGUUAAGAUCGGCAAAGCGGAAUCCAAUUGUUUUUUGCGCUCCUCCAGUAGUCGCAUCAUUAGUGCAAUUGUAGCUAAUGGCUUGAAACAUCAGCCAGUCAAAAAGGCAAUCGACGUGCCUCUACGUCGUAAACGUUUCUUGGGAAGAGUUGGCAGAUGGGUAUCACGUGCUGCAGAAAAUACACGAGAGGCUGCUAGGAGAGCGGCUAAUGCAGCGGAAAGAACAAGAGAAGCCGCGUUAAGGGCAGCUGCAAUUGCGAGGGAGAGAACAAGGGAAGCAGCCGUCAGAGUCGAACGAACAAGGGAAGCAACAAGUAGAAUAGCUCGUGAAAGGGCAAGAGAAGUUGCAUAUCGUGCUGAAAAGGGGAGAGAAGCUACAGCGAGAGUGGUCAGAGAAAGGGCAAGAGAAAUCAGGGAAAGAACAAGAGAAGCGGCGGAAAAAGUAAGAUUAGAAAGAAUUCGUGAAGUUGCCGCUGAAAGGGGAAGAGAAGCUGCAAAUGCGGCAAGAGAACGUGUCAGAGAGACUACUGAAAAAUUGAGACUAGAUAAGAUAAAGGAGAGAGCAAGAGAAGUUGCAGAGAAAUUAAGAUUAGAUAAUAUAAAAGAGAGAGCAAGAGAAAUAGCAGAAAAAGCGAGACUAGAUAAGAUAAAAGAGAGAGCAAGAGAAGUAACAGAGAAAUUGAGAUUAGAACGUGUAAGAGAAGGCGCUGAAAAUGUCAGAGAAAUUGGAGUUUGCAAGGCAAAAGACGCAGCUCGACUUCUGUGUAUUGCACCAUUGGCAGGAUUGAGACUUACAUUGAAGGGGUUGGAAGGGACUAUAUCUGGUUUGCAGAAAGCUGUAGAUGUUGCAUUGAAAAUUGCACAAGACAAUAACAUCCUAUUUGAGGCGGCAAGGAAAACUCUGGAUGGACUUGAGAAGUCUAUGAAAGUGCUGUCUGAUUCACUAGAUGGAGCUAAGGUUGCAAUGAAUGCGGCGGCAGAACUAGUAGAACAGUCGACAAUUGCGUUUGAUGCGGCAGACAAGGUCCUCCAGGGAAUUAAGAAAACACACGAAUUCGGACUUAAUGUUGCGUCUAAGAUCGCUAAAGUGGGACUUGGUGGAUUGAUAAACAUCAAAGGUCUAAGAUUCAAAGUAAAUCUACCGGAAGCGAACAGUGGAGAGUUCGAAGGAACUAUGGUGGCAUCGUUUGUGGUUGGACCAGACCAAAGCUUUUCGUUCAGUGUAAGACUGUUCUCCAUUAAUCAAAUGGUUGAUGUCUUGGUGGAAAAAGUGAAAGAGUUUAUCAAAAUUUAAUCUAAUUAAACCGAUACCUUGAUCGAACUCCGACAACUGGACUAAAUAUAGCUUUCUUAUAAAAUGGUUGAUGAGAACCCUGUGAUGAUGGAAGAUGUUCAAAACGUUGAUGACUGUCAAUUCGAAUACAUAUUUACUCUAGAUAUUGGCUAACAAUAAAUUAUACAAUCGCUUCGUAAUUCAAAAAGAUUACCUGUUAUGAAUGUCCUUGCAAUCGGAAUACAAUUUUAGCUAUCCGUUGGUACUACUAUCACCUCAUUAAGAAUACUGUAAAUCACGUUAAUAUCUAGACAAUGUUGCUAUGCAAAUCUAAAUGAGAUGAUCACAUCUGGCUUUUUUUUCUAACAAUUAAGCAACUUCAUACUUCAUCUCAGAAAAUCAAAAUAUCUUUAUUGUUAAAAGUUGAUAUCCAUAUUUAUUCACAAACAAUCUCACUUUAAAUAUAUACAGAAUACAUAAAUAAACA